GCCAGUAACUGUUGACAUUAGCCCUCCAGGUUAGCUUCCUUUGGAGGGUAAAACCGCAGACAUCAAAUAUGAUUUCCUGCAAAGUUUCCCUUGUUUUUUGUUUUGCAGUUGGUCAAUAAGAGUGGAGGUGGAUGAAGAAGAAUCGGCUUACAGAGGUUUUCAUGAACUUCAAGGCGUAUUAGUCAUGGAGUUACAGACGGUCUAGUAGUCCUCAUGCAAGAGGCCAUAACACCUGAGUCCUGCCAAGAAAUGUGCAGUGAAGACACACUGGAAAAGAAAAACAAGCAGAUUCUUUAUGGAGAGAAAGAGGAGAACAACAACAGAACAAUCUGUGUCGCUGGACUCACAGGAAAUGACAUCACAGUGUACCCACAGGGUGGGGCCAUGGACUCGGGAGGAGGGAAGGAAACGUUCACACUUCUCUGUCAAGCAGAAGAGACUGCGUGGACAGACAGGUGGAUCCAAAGCGGAGGGCAGCUCCCAAAGGUCCAAACCAAGGGGAUUGCGGCCCUGCUCUAACAAAAGACAGGACAAAGACAUCAAGACAGAGGAGCCUCAUGGACGUGGGCCAUUCUACUUCUUUGGAGGAAGCAAUGGGGCUGAAAUAGUGUGCGGCUACUGCGAGAGGAGAGGAUGGAAGAGGAUUUAUAACAAUCAAAGGGAAGAUUUCAGGCUCAAGUGGUGCGAGACCAAAGCUCAAGUUAACUACAGCCGCUUCAAGCAAGGUAGACACUUGGUGUUCCAGAUACCCAACAACAUGGUUCUCACAACUAAAAUCGGCCUCCUCACCAGCCUGCGGGAAUUUGAGAGAAUAAGCAGCAAAAUCAAAUACAGACAGGGACGCAGGAAGCUGAAAAUGGAUGAGUUCAUUCCUACAACGUUCCGCAUGGAUGUGAAGGAAGAGAGGGAAGAUUUCUUUUCCCGCAUCGCCCCACAGGGGGGUGAAACAGCCUUGGAGAACACAGAGAGCAGCAUGUGGAUCUGUAAGCCCACCGGUCUGAACCAGGGCAAAGGAAUCUUUCUCCUGAACAACCAGCAGGAUGUGGCCGAAUUCAGACUGAAGCUCCAGAAGAUGGAGGAGCUGCAGGCUGACCGUAAGAUGCCUCACCGCCGAAUUCAGGCUCACAUUGUCCAGCGUUACAUCCAGAAACCCCUUCUACUAAAUGACAGAAAGUUUGAUGUGCGCUCUUACCUUCUCAUUGCCUCCACUGCGCCCUACAUGGUCUUCUUUCGUCAUGGGUAUGUCCGACUGACGUGUGACGUCUACGAUCCCAGAUCCACAAACCUUUCUGCGCAUCUCACAAACCAGUACAUGCAGAAGAGAAACCCUUUGUACAGCCAGCUCAAGGAGGACACUGUGUGGUCUAUGGAGAGCUUCAACGCCUACGUCAACAGAAAGUUUCAGGUUGCCAAGGGUCUGCCCAGGGACUGGGUGCUGGGAGCCUUUGCGAAGCGCAUGCAGCAGAUUAUGACCCAGUGUUUCUUUGCCGUCAAGACCAAGUUAGACUGCCGCCCUGGAUUCUUUGACUUGAUUGGCUGCGACUUCAUGAUCGACGAGGAUUUCAAGGUUUGGCUUCUGGAAAUGAACUGUAAUCCAGCUUUACACAGAAAUUGCAAGGUGCUGAAGGAGGUGAUUCCCCGCACUGUUGGAGAAGCUCUGGAUUUAACUCUGGAGCUGUUCAACAAGCGUCGUCUCAGGCAGGAAAUCUUCCCUUUAGUCAGUCAACAGGACUUUGUACUGCUUUAUAGCGGUGUCUCAGGACAUGUCAACAACAAGAGGAGCAAUAGUAGUGAGUUCUACCAGAAAGCUAAAAGCAACAGGAAGUUCACAAGGCACAAGACCAGGACAGAGAUCACAAAAGGGACUGGUGCAUCACAGCAGGAUUGUCUGACUGAAGUCACGGAGACAGAAAAGUCACCUCUUCGUCAAAACGCAGCGUCAGAAGGUGAAAGCCCAAAGGCUGUCAGGAGGAAGACCACACUACCUGGAGGCAGACGGAAGCUGAGCAAAUGCAAUUCGUUUGAAAGCCAAUGAUGAUGGGAAGCAACCGAAGGCUUAGCAGAAGAGAAAGAUCACUAUGUUUACAACCCAGGUGACUUCAGUUCUGCCUGCAGGCCUUCUGAUAAAAACUCAACGGUACGGACCUGCUCUGCUCUCUCUGAGCACUGCAGGUGGAAAAGUUUGGAUGACAAUAAAGACUGCCUUUGUCUUCCA